AUGGCGCGCUCACACAUCGCAGUCGCACUGGGUGCGGCCCUGGUUGCCUCGUUGAUCAUCGCCCAGCUCGUUAUCAACCUCGGAUUCCCCGUCGUCGACUUCUGGCAUGCGCGCCUCGAUCAGACGUACACUGGAGCCCAGCAGGAUGUCUUCAACAGUGAGAAGCAGGAUGGAGGGCAGGCUGGCGAUGCUUCUUCGUACCUUAUCGGCGUUGGCAAGGCGGAUAUCACUGGUCCCGUCGUCGAGCUUAACAUGAUGGGCUACGCCAACUCGUCGCAAAUCGGAUCUGGACUCCGCCAACGCCUCUACUCCCGCGCCUUCAUCGUCGGCAACCCGGACGAAGCCAGCGAACGCUUCGUGUACCUCGUCCUCGACACACAGUCUGGAGACACUGCCAUCCGAAAUGGCAUCUUGGAAGGGCUUCAGGCCAUGGGCUCCGAAUACGCUGUAUACGGGAAGAACAAUGUCGCCGUGACUGGCACGCACAGCCAUGCCGGACCGGGAGCCUGGUUGAACUACCUCCUCCCGCAGAUCACAAGUCAGGGUUUCGACAAGCAGAGCUAUCGUGCGAUCGUGGACGGAACACUUUUGUCUAUCAAGAGGGCGCAUGAAGGACUCACCCUGGGAACUGUUAGCGCUGGCAGUGCGAAGAUUGCUGAUGCGAACAUCAACCGCAGUCUGUUCGCCUACCUCGCCAACCCCCAAGCAGAACGCGAUCGCUACACAGACAAUGUCGACAAGACUAUGACACUUCUGAAGUUCACGAGAGCCAGUGAUGGAAAGAGCAUUGGCAUCUUGAAUUGGUUCCCUGUCCAUGGCACCAGUAUGCUAGGAAAUCAGACGCUCAUUGCUGGAGACAACAAGGGCGUGGCCGCAUACUUGCUGGAGAAGGACAUGGAGGCUAAUGCGGCCGACUCAAAUGCUGCCGAGGGCUUUGUGGCAGGCUUCUCGCAAGCCAACGUCGGUGACACGACCCCCAACGUACUCGGCGCCUAUUGCGAAGACGGGUCAGGUCAGCAGUGCCGACUCAACGACAGCACCUGCGGAGGAAAGAGCCAGGACUGCCAUGGCCGUGGACCCUUCUUCGGUCUGGACGACGGAGGCCACAAGUCCUGCUACGAGAUCGGCAGGCGCCAGGCCGAGGGUGCGAGGAGCAUCUACGACUUCAAUGCCUUCACGCCCAUCUCCGGCAAAGUCCGCUCGUUCCACACCUAUGUCGACUUCUCCAACUUCACUUUCACCCUUGGGAAUGGAUCCGUCGUCCAUACAUGUCCCGCAGCCAUGGGUAACUCCUUCGCAGCCGGCACAUCAGACGGCCCCGGCGCAUUUGACUUUGUCCAGAACGACCCCGGUGCGCCCUCAAAUCCCUUCUGGAACCUCGUCGGCAGCGCCAUCGCACCACCAAGCAAAGAGCAAAAGGAGUGCCAGUACCCCAAGCCCGUCUUACUGAACGUCGGCCAAGCCAACGUACCAUACCCCUGGUCCCCAAACAUCGUCGACAUCCAAGUCCUGCGUGUCGGCCAGCUCGUCAUCAUCGUCUCCCCCGGCGAAGCAACAACCAUGUCCGGCCGCCGCUGGCGCGAAGCCGUCCACAACGCCGUCGUCUCCUCCGACAUCGCCACCUCGCCCAUUGUGGUCCUAGGCGGCCCAGCAAACAGCUACACGCACUACAUCGCCACGGAAGAAGAAUACGGCAUCCAGCGCUACGAAGGCGCAUCCACUCUCUACGGGCCCCACACCCUAAACGCCUACAUCAACGCCACACUAACCUACCUCCCCUACCUAUCCGACUCCUCCCUCCAACCCCCUCCGCCCGGCCCCUCGCCCCCGGACAACCGCGACAAAUCCAUCUCCCUCAUCACCGGCGUCGUCUACGACGGCCCCGGCUUCGGCCGCUCCUUCGGCCAAGUCACAAAAGACGUCCUGCCCACAUACGCCCGCGGCGCCACCGUCUCCGCGACGUUCGUCGGCGCGAAUCCGCGUAACAAUCUCCGUCUUGAAGGCACGUUUGCUGCUAUAGAGAAACAGAGCAGUGAUAGUGAUGGUGAUGGUGGUGGGACGUGGACGCAGGUUAAGAACGACGAGGAUUGGGAGGUCGUCUAUCAGUGGAAGAGGGUGAAUGGGCUUACGGGCACGAGUGAUGUGACGAUUAGUUGGGAUACGGCGGUUAUGGGGGUGGAGAAGGGGAGGUACAGGAUUAGGUAUUAUGGGGAUGCUAAGAAAGUUGGGGGAGCGGUUGAGGAGUUUGAGGGGGUUAGUGGGGUUUUUGAGGUGCAGUGA